CAGAGAGACACGGCAAAGCGCUCCCACGCCCCGCGGGGUGGCCCCAGCCCCACGGUACCGAAUCUUGCCCGGUGCCCGUGGGGGAGACGGGCACCCCCGUGAGAAGCCGAGGAUAGGGAGAAAGGAAUGGGAGGAGGAAUAAGGAAGGAGACAGUGGAGAGGGUUCGGCUUGGCUGAUCGCGAGUGUUAUGCAGCACCACUGAAAUCGCUCUCCUGGCUACCUGUCCCAGGCUGAGCUGCACAUGAAGCUGACGCUACCGGGAGAAGCGAUUUGAGACGAGGCUUGUACCGAAAUUACCUCAUGCUAUUCCCCAUCGGCGCCCAGUAUUAAUUCCAGUGACCUCUACAGUAACACGGAUAUGCAACUCUUUUCCAGCAAGAAGUACCUCAGCUGCAGUGCAAAAUAGAAGGACACGAGUUACUGACCUCCUCAUAGCAUCAGGACUAGAGAUCCAGAGAUACUACCCUACUCUUUAACAUCAGUUAGAAGCAGUUGGAUGCCACAUCUCUGAAAAGCUGAUCAACCCGUGACAUUCGUGGACAUCUUUUGUAAAACGCGUUUUAUGUACUUCCACUGAGAUCUUUUUUCUACCUUCCAUAUGGUUCUAUAUUACUUACUGGGCACUGAUGGUAGCCUCCAGAAACUUCAGUUUCAAAUGGUCAACCUCAUCCCUUAGCAAGAAGAAAAUCUGGAUACUGGCUAGCAACAACGUCUUCAGAGAAAAUGGUAUACGAAGUAAAACGAUUAGUUUCCUGCCAUUGUUUCUUCCUAUUAACAGCCAAAUUCUACUGGAUGCUCACCCUGAUGCAAAGAACUCAUGGCCAGGAAUAUGCCCACUCCAUCCGACUGGAUGGGGACAUCAUCUUGGGAGGACUGUUCCCUGUCCAUGCAAAAGGGGAUAGAGGGGUGCCUUGUGGAGAGCUCAAGAAGGAAAAAGGGAUCCACAGACUAGAGGCAAUGCUGUAUGCAAUUGAUCAGAUUAAUAAAGACCCUGAUCUUCUUGCCAAUAUCACCUUAGGUGUCCGGAUCCUUGAUACAUGUUCCAGGGACACUUAUGCAUUGGAGCAAUCCUUAACAUUUGUGCAAGCGUUGAUAGAAAAAGAUGGCUCAGAUGUGAAGUGUGCUAACGGCGACCCACCUAUUUUCACUAAGCCAGACAAGAUAUCAGGUGUGAUAGGUGCUGCAGCAAGUUCUGUGUCCAUUAUGGUCGCAAAUAUUUUAAGACUUUUUAAGAUACCUCAAAUCAGCUAUGCAUCUACAGCUCCAGAACUGAGCGAUAACACCAGGUAUGACUUCUUCUCCCGAGUGGUCCCACCUGACUCCUACCAAGCGCAGGCCAUGGUUGACAUUGUGACAGCUCUUGGGUGGAACUAUGUUUCAACACUAGCUUCUGAAGGAAACUAUGGAGAGAGUGGUGUAGAGGCAUUCACCCAGAUUUCCAGGGAAAUCGGUGGUGUUUGCAUUGCUCAGUCACUCAAAAUCCCUCGGGAACCAAGACCAGGAGAAUUUGAAAAGAUCAUCAAGCGCUUGUUGGAAACUCCAAAUGCUCGAGCAGUGAUCAUGUUUGCAAAUGAAGAUGAUAUUAGGCGAAUACUGGAAGCAGCCAAAAAAGCUAAUCAAUCUGGACAUUUCCUGUGGAUUGGCUCAGAUAGUUGGGGGUCAAAAAUUUCACCAGUUCAACAUCAGGAAGAGAUUGCAGAAGGAGCAGUAACCAUCCUGCCCAAAAGAACAUCUAUAGAUGGAUUUGAUAGAUAUUUUCGGAGCCGAACGCUUGCUAACAAUCGAAGAAAUGUAUGGUUUGCAGAAUUUUGGGAAGAGAACUUUGGAUGCAAGUUAGGAUCCCAUGGAAAAAGAAAUAGCAAUAUCAAGAAAUGCACAGGCUUAGAAAGAAUUGCAAGAGAUUCAGCCUAUGAGCAAGAAGGAAAAGUUCAGUUUGUAAUUGAUGCAGUAUAUUCCAUGGCCUAUGCACUACACAACAUGCACAAAGAUCUCUGUCCAGGAUAUAUUGGUCUAUGCCCAAAGAUGAGCACAAUUGAUGGUAAAGAACUACUUACUUAUAUCCGGGCAGUAAACUUUAAUGGGAGUGCUGGAACACCUGUUAUCUUCAAUGAAAAUGGAGAUGCUCCUGGACGCUAUGACAUUUUUCAGUAUCAAAUCACCAACAAAAGUACAGAAUACAAAGUAAUUGGUCAUUGGACCAACCAGCUUCAUCUAAAUGUAGAAGACAUGCAGUGGGCUAACAGAGAACACACUCAUCCAGCAUCUGUCUGCAGCCUGCCCUGUAAAGCUGGGGAAAGAAAGAAAACUGUGAAGGGUGUGCCCUGCUGCUGGCACUGCGAACGCUGUGAAGGGUACCACUACCAGGUGGACGAAUUCAACUGUGAGCUGUGCCCGAUCAAUAAGAGACCGAACGCCAACCGUACCGAUUGCCAGCUUAUCCCUAUAAUCAAACUGGAGUGGCAUUCCCCGUGGGCCAUUGUGCCCGUCUUCAUAGCUAUCCUUGGUAUUAUUGCCACCACCUUUGUCAUCGUGACAUUUGUCCGGUACAACGAUACGCCGAUUGUCAGGGCCUCUGGACGGGAGCUCAGUUAUGUGCUCUUGACUGGGAUUUUUCUCUGUUAUUCCAUCACGUUUUUAGUGAUUGCAACUCCUGAUACAGUGAUCUGCUCAUUUCGGAGGAUCUUUCUAGGACUUGGCAUGUGUUUCAGCUAUGCUGCCUUGCUUACCAAAACAAACAGAAUUCACAGAAUAUUUGAACAGGGUAAAAAAUCAGUCACAGCUCCCAAAUUUAUUAGUCCAGCUUCCCAGCUCGUGAUCACUUUCAGCCUCAUAUCCUUGCAGCUUAUUGGAGUCUUCAUCUGGUUUGCUAUCGAUCCACCACAUACCAUAGUAGACUAUGGAGAACAGAGGACACUUGAACCAGAAAAUGCCAGGGGAGUUCUCAAAUGUGACAUUUCAGAUCUUUCUCUCAUUUGUUCCCUUGGAUACAGUAUUCUUUUAAUGGUCACAUGCACUGUUUAUGCUAUUAAAACAAGAGGGGUUCCAGAGACCUUCAAUGAAGCAAAACCCAUUGGAUUUACUAUGUACACAACCUGCAUAAUUUGGUUAGCUUUUAUUCCAAUCUUUUUUGGCACAGCCCAAUCAGCAGAGAAGAUGUACAUCCAGACAACAACACUUACUGUCUCCAUGAGCUUAAGUGCUUCUGUGUCUCUGGGCAUGCUCUACAUGCCCAAGGUUUAUAUUAUCAUUUUUCAUCCAGAGCAGAAUGUUCAAAAACGGAAGAGGAGCUUCAAGGCUGUAGUGACAGCUGCCACAAUGCAAAGCAAACUGACCCAAAAAGGAAAUGACAGACCAAAUGGAGAGGUCAAAACUGAACUAUGCGAAAGUCUUGAAACCAACAGUAAGUCAUCCAUAGACUUUCCCAUGGUCAAGAGUGGCAGCACUUCCUAAUAGAUCCUCCUCUACCAAGACAACUUAUGUCAGUUACAGCAAUCAGGCAAACUAAGCAGGGAUAAAAUUCACUGGAAGAACUCCAGGAUGGGAUCUGGCAAAGAAAGACUUUACCAUCAACAGAAUUCAGCCUUGGUAUUAUCAGUAGUCUACAUUCAAAUCAAUAGUCAGUCUCCUAAAAGACAAGGAUUAAACAAGAGGCAAAAGGCAAAAAGUGACAGGGGAAGGAAAAGUCCAGUUUUAUAACAUAGAGACAGUGUCAAAUCUCUGAACUGUUCACUCACAAAUGGGAGUAAAUCACAAAAGGAAAAAAAAAUGUUAGCUUGUGAAAAAAAAGCUGUUGAAUAAAUCAUGUCUGAUGUUAUCUUUGUAAGUACUUUUUUGUGAUUGUGACAAUUUCCUUUCCUGUCCUACAUUGUUCAACUUGUAAAAGAAGAUGAGUUUGUUUCUUGUGAUGGCUGACAGAUUUAAGUCCUGGGUUAUGCUAAAAUAAAUGCAAUGGUCAAAGCAUGCUAAUUUUUAUACAAAAUAAUUUAUUUCUAAUAAUAAAGGAAUGUUUUGCAAAUGUUGAGACUUGUUUUGUUGCAGUUUUAAGGAAAAAAAGUCCUUACACUGUUGUCUAUUGUUUGUUUAGAAUGUGCAGUAAAGGUGGGUGUACAAAUAAAAUAAUAAUCAUGGCAUCAGAAGAAUGAAGUGUAAACUCUAAGCAUGUGUGUGUGUGUAUGUAUGUGUGCACAUGUGGGUGUAUGUAUGUGCAUGCCUGCGUGUGUGUGUGUAUGCCCUGCAGUGUGUGAAUUUAUUUGUUAAAUUUUUGUGACUAUAUUUUCUAGUGGAAGGAUUUUUCCCCCUUCUCACCCUCAAAGCGAGAGUAUGAAGUUUUAUAUGUUUGUAAAGUGAAGGAGUCCUGAUGGUUAUUAUUUUGUAUGAUUGUAUUAUAUUUUUGAACCUCAACUAAUAAUUCUGAUCCUUUUCAUUUCUGGAACUUACAGUUUGUAAGACUGUAUGACAGCUAGACUGGAUUAAGCUGAAAGUCUGUUCAGCCUAGUAUCCUGUCUCUGACAGGGGAAUGUAGCAGAUGCUUAUCUCAAUAAAGGUGACUUUGAAAUAACAGGAGAGAAAUCAAUGGAAAAUUUGGAAAGCAGUAACCCAGUGGAUAUAUAUGCUGUUGCCUUACUAACACUUAAAAAUCAAAGAAACAGAUGUCUAUCAAAAAUUUUCACAUCUUAUAAUUUACUGUGUCAAAAGAUUCUGUGUGCUGAUUCUGUGAAAGAUUCUGUGUUCUGAUUGACUUCAUUACCCAAAAAAAGAGAGAGAGAAACUCAUAUAGAUGUUUGUCAUGUUACUAAGGCCUUCCAAAGAAGUUUAAAGGAGACAGCUAGGGACUUUCAACUAUUACUGUACCUGUGAUGUUCUUUAAGACUUUUUCACUCCACUCAGUAGUUAUCAUUCAUCAGGUCAAUGGGUCUUCAUAAUCAGUUGGCUCUUUCUCCUGAGUUAGCCUGGGUGAUUUCUUAUGCUUUUUUCAGUCAUAGGAGCUGUGUUUUUGAAACAUCUUAAAAUAGCUGUCCAGAAGCUGAAUUACAUAGUUUCAUUAAUGAACAUUGAAGUUAUCUGAAACUGAGAUUCUUUCUGUUACAUUGUCAACAUUUAAAUGUCUGUGCAGCCAGCAAACUACAUCUCAGUGAAUUUCCCUUUUCAAAAUACUUCGACAAAGCAUUGUUACUUUUUCCCAGUAUUCAAAUUGAAUGAUUGACUGGUGAAUGCCUUGGCAUAGUGUGGUAUAGUGUGCUUGGUAUGUGUAGCAUGAGAAAAUCUUUUUCUUUGCCUUUCCACAAGCACAUCAGUCUCAAACCUAUGAAUUAACAUGCUUGGUUUUAAGCAUAUGAGUAAAAAAGCUAAUGUAAUGAAAAUUAUGUUAUUAAAAAUGUUAUAAAUUAAGCAAACCUAAAA